AUGCUAGAUUGCUGCGUUGAAGCUUUACGUUGGGUGCGGGAUCAUAUUAGUGAUUUCGGUGGCGAUCCAAAUUCAGUGACAUUGCUUGGCUACAGUGCGGGCAGCUUUAGUAUUGGUCUGCACAUGAUGUCGCCUAUGUCUAAAGGAUUAUUCCAUCGCGGCAUAAUGAUGAGUGAUUCACCGUUGGCGCAAUUUGGAUACGAAAACAAACAGAAGAGACUGAGCGAUCGACAGGCAGAUUUGUUAAACUGUCCCCAAGAGCCAGAAACCGAGUUGGUGAAGUGUCUGAAGAAGAAAUCAAUGUUGGACUUUGUGAACACAGAAGCUCAAAUGUUUGAUUUAAACUGGAAUCCUAUUAUAAAUUGGAUGCCCGUGAUUGAGGACGAUUUUGGACAAGAGCGUUUCUUGGUGGAGGACCCAUACGAGACCAUCCAAAGUGAAAAUCUUUACACAGUACCACUUAUAAUCGGUAUAACGGAGUAUGAGUUUAUCGGUGGUGCAUACAACCUCCUGAAUAAUGAGACCGCAAGGAACUGGUUGAACGAGGAUUUCGAAAAAUAUGCACCAAUUACACUUAUGUAUGAACGUAACACCGCGCGUUCGAAAAAUAUAACCCACACGUUCCACUCAAAAUAUCUAGGAAAUUCUACCUUGGCGCUGCCUGAAUCUUUAGACCCAUUUGGAAAACUGUAUUCUGAUGGUAUCACUAUCUUUGCGUAUAAUCGUUUCCUGGACGUAGUGUCACGGCUUACGCCCGUCUAUACGUACCUCUUCACCUACAAAGGGCGUUACAGCCAUUUCCUGUAUAAUGGUGAAGUUUACGGUGCCGUACAUCACGACGAAUUGCUCUAUUUGUUACGGGUACCUGGUAUGACGCCUCUUUUCACGCAAACCGAUCCCGAAAAUGUGGUUAUUGAAAAUUUAACGCGUAUGUGGACGGAAUUCGCUAAAAAGGGGUAAGGC